AUGGAGGCGUGGCUGGAGGUGGAGUCGCACCACUUCUUCCCGUCGGCACAGACCGUGGUGUACGAGCUGCUCAUCAAGCCGCUGUUCGGUGCCGCGCCUGACACGGCCGAGGCGGACAAGAAGGCCGCCGAGCUCGACAAGCUGCUCGACGUCUACGAGGCCCACCUCGCCGCCGGGAACAAGUACCUGGCCGGCGACGUGUUCACGCUCGCCGACGCCAACCACAUGUCCUGGCUCUUCUUGCUCACCAAGAGCCCCAAGGCGGAGCUGGUUGCGUCACGGCCGCACGUCAAGGCCUGGUGGGAGGAGAUCUCCGCCCGCCCUGCCUGGGCCAAGACCGUCGCCUGCAUCCCCCUCCCGCCCGGCGUCUGA